AUGCGAAUGGAAUGUCGUGCGAGGUUUCGAGUAGCUCUAAAUCUUGCGACUGAAAAGUGGAGAGUUUCUGUAUUUGAGCCCUCUCAUAACCAUGAGUUAACUCCAAGACAUUAUGUUCAUAUGAUUCCUAAGUAUCGUCGAUUGAGUGAAUCAGAUAAAGCUCUUGUUGAUGGCCUGCACACACAAGGUGUUAGAACAUGUCAUAUUUUAGGUUUUAUGAUGGCUCAAAAAAGUGGUCAUAAAGGUCUGGGAUUUUGUAAAAUGGACUUAUAUAACUACUUAAAUAAUGAAGCAAUGGCAAGAAUAGAAGGAGGGGAUGCUUUUGCUGCUUUGAGUUAUUUACAGGCUAAAGCUGAUAAUGAUCCAAUGUUUUUUUCGAAGUUUAUCACAACAGAUGAAGGACGUUUAGAAAACUUAUUUUGGUCAGAUUCAGCUAGUCGGAUUGACUAUGAAUGUUUUGGUGAUGUGAUUGCAUUUGACGCAGCUUACAAGAAGAAUAGGUAUAACAAGCCUGUUGUUGUUUUUUUUUUCUGGAUUCAACCAUCAUGGAGAAACUACAAUAUUUGGUUGUGCUUUGGUUUCUGA